GAGAUGAGGUUGUGUGUAUAUAAAAGCUUACGUCUGGAAGCGAACAGCACAGUUCGACGAGAUGGCUCGACUUGCUAUAGCUGCGUUGGCUCUGGGCCUCUUCGCUUGCGCAUGCGCGGCGCCAGGAUACGGGGGCGGAAGUGGUAGCCUCGGAGGUGGAAGUGGCGGAGGCGGUGGUUUUGGAGGCGGCGGAGGCGGUGGCUUUGGAGGCGGCGGAGGCAAGGGCGGUUACGGCGGCGGUAGCCACGGAGGCGACAGCGGUGGUAGCCACGGAGGCGGUGGUGGUAGCCACGGAGGCGGCGGUGGUUUUGGCAGCGGCGGCGGUGGUGGUUCUGGAGGCGGCGGCGGUGGUAGCCACGGAGGCGGCGGUGGUUUGGGCAGCGGCGUCGGUGGUGGUUCUGGAGGCGGCGGCGGUGGUAGCCACGGAGGUGGUGGUGGUAGCCACGGAGGCGGCAGUGGUAGCCACGGAGGCGGCGGUGGUAGCCACGGAGGCAGCGGUGGUUUUGGCAGCGGCGGCGGUAGUGGUCAUGGAGGCGGCGGUGGAUUUGGAGGAGGAAGCGGCGGCGGCAACGGUGGCGGCUUCGGUGGCGGCCACGGUGGCGGUGGCGGCGGCGGGGGCGGAGGCGGGCAUGGAGGUGGCGGAUAUGGUGGUCACAAAGGUGGAUAUGGACGUUAAUCUCCAUUGGAACACCGGCACACGAGAAACAUCCAAAAGCAUAAUGUGAUAUAAGAUAGAUUUUAUUGUUUUUCAUUUCUUACUCUAUUUUACGACUGUAUGUGUUUUUUCAAUAAAUAUAUAUAUUUUAAUAUACGACAUGUUGAUUGAA